AUGAAGGAGAAAAUGGAAUGUGAGGACUGUCGAGAACGUUGCACUCCGGAAGGUGAAGAACCCUUGUUGACCUUCAAAAAUGUUCUGUGUCCGCAUCUGCGUUACGACUGUGAUCAGAAUGUGAUGCGAUUCUCAAUAUGGAGAGGAAUACUGGAGGUGUUGCAAAUAUUUCAAGACGCUCGAACAAAUGUAAAGCAACUCUGGGAUGAUUUCAUCUUGCACGGAUUGACAGAUAUCAACGAGGUGAAACGAAGCUUUCGGUUUCGUGGGCUUUUAAUGUAUUUCGAUAUCUUGAAAUUCUCACUGGGCAGGAAGAAUGUGGUACAUGGGCUUUAUAUAGCGUGGUUUCAACCAAAUGGUCAGGUUGAGGAUGUCGGUAUGGGGUAG